GCCCGGAAUUUAAAGGGGCGACGUACCAUUGUCGCCUCUACGGAAGUGUCUCUUCCGUGGCCCCCAAGGUUUAUGAACGUGGGGCAGAGAUUUGUUGGCAGCGUUUGUACGGCGCGUGCUGGCUAGGGCGUGUCGUGUCCCUCGCCCCUCCCCCGCCUGGGUGCCCCUCCUCACCCGCCUCCGGGAGCUCCGCCUUCCCUCCGUCUCUCGCAGCCCCUCUCCUGCGCAAGGAGACGGAGCGCAGGCCCACGGACGCCGCCGGAACUGGAGUCGAGCGACGUCCGGUUUGCGCGGGGAAGGCUUAAGGGAGCGGACCCAGCGCCCGGACUUCCGGUUCCGGUGCCCUGCUUCUGCCGGCCGGGAUCGCCAUGGAGGAACCGGAGAUGCAGAUCAAGGGGAAGAAAGUCACGGACAAGUUCACGGAGAGCAUGUACGUCCUGGCCAACGAACCGUCGGUGGCGCUGUACCGGCUGCAGGAGCACGUACGCCGCUCGCUGCCCGAGCUGGCGCAGCACAAGGCCGACAUGCAGCGGUGGGAGGAGCAGAGCCAGGGAGCCAUCUACACCGUGGAGUAUGCCUGCAGCGCCGUGAAGAGCCUGGUGGACAGCAGCGUGUACUUCCGCAGCGUGGAGGGGCUGCUCAAGCAGGCCAUCAGCAUCCGCGACCACAUGAACGCCAGCGCCCAGGGCCACAGCAGGGAGCUGGAUCGGAAGCGGAGCAGCGGGGACUCACGGGCUCCCGGUGUUCUGUUCCAGCCCCGAGGAUCCGCCCCCGCCCUCCUCAGCCUGACCCCAGAAGAGCCCCCCCCAGCCAGACAGCGCCAACCCCAAGCGCAGAUGGGAAAGUGGAGGCUCCGAGAGGCGCUGUGUGACGUGGAGCCCGGUGCCGGCCCCCUCUGGUCCUCCAGUGGACCAGGAAGACUGGGCUGGACCUUCUCCCCGGGCCGAGGUGGACGCUCACGGACCUGCCUGCCUUGAGAAACGCCUGGGGUGGGCGUGGGAGCCUGGCCCGGCCCAUCUCCCAGGUCACAGGGAUGGGUCUGAGAUGAGCAUCAUGGGAAAGGAACCGACCUCCCAGGGGGCUGGGUGGGUGGAAGGCAGAGCGGGCACCUGGGCCCACCUGUACCUGACACUGGAAAAA